AUGAUGGAUCGUCUGCUGAGGAGAUGCCGAAUCAAGAGCAAGUUGUUAAGGGAAUGUCUGGCGGAAUUUUUCGGAGUCUAUAUUUUGAUACUUUUUGGGUGCGGAUCAGUUGCCCAGGUGACAACCUCUCAGAACACUAAGGGUGAAUACCUGUCAAUCAACCUCGGGUUUGCACUGGGCACCACAUUUGGGAUUUAUGUGGCAAAAGGGGUAUCAGGAGCUCAUCUGAAUCCAGCUGUUUCCCUCACCCUGUGUGUUCUGGGCAGGUUUUCCUGGACUCGUCUUCCUUUCUAUGUGUGCUCACAGAUUUUUGGUGCAUUUAUGGCCGCAGCAACUGUUGCUCUUCAGUACUAUGAUGCCAUAAUGGUUUUCACUGGAGGGAAUCUGACAGUUAGUGGUGCCACCGGCACAGCUGGCAUCUUCUCAACAUAUCCAGCAGACUACCUGAGUCUAUGGGGAGGAGUGGUUGACCAGAUAAUUGGCACAGCUGCUCUGCUAGUGUGUGUUCUUGCAUUGGGAGACCCUCAUAACACACCAGCUCCUCCCGGCCUGGAGCCUGUCCUGGUAGGAGCAGCUGUCCUAUUGAUCGGCAUCUCCAUGGGAUCUAACAGCGGAUAUGCCAUCAACCCGGCUCGAGACUUCGGCCCGAGACUCUUCUCUUACAUUGCAGGCUGGGGAGAUGAAGUGUUCAGGGCUGGUCAUGGAUGGUGGUGGGUACCUGUGGGUGUAACGUGUGUGGGUGCUGUCCUGGGCUCAGUACUAUAUGAGCUGCUGAUUGGAGUUCAUCACCCAGACUCAGAGCCGGAGGAUGCUGAAGGCAUGAAAGCAGAGCUUCAGCAAACUGUGGAGCUGGAUGGUAUACAGUCAAAGUCUGACAACAUUAAAGAAAACGGCAUGGACGAGAUCUUUUCUACAACCUCAACAGACACCAGCUGAAGUGAAAAUAAUCUGCCAAACUUGAAUUGUUAAUAUUUCUGUUAAAUGCAUAUGGAUUAUUGUGUUUGUGUUUUAUCAAAUGUAUCAUCACUAAACCUUGAACCAUCUCUGGCGUCUUAAAAUAAAUUUCAAUUUGAAAUAACAUUGCAAUAAUUGCAAAAUAUUGCAUAAAUAUGGUAUUUAUAGUUGUUUUGUUAGCUUUUAUUGUUAACAAAAUGAAUUGCUUCAAUGUAUUUUAACAUGUUUUGUUGAAAAGAACAAUUAAAAGAACAAUUGUAUUUUUAUAAAAACUAACUUAAACAUGAAUAAAUCUUGAAACAAUAUAUUGCUCAACAUUAGUUCAAUUAUGGCACUGAAAAAUGCAAUUUUGUUCAAAUUUGUACCCGUCAUCACUUUUUUUUUUUUUUUUUUAAAUAAAAAUGAUUGUUGGUAUUAAAGACAUUUUUCUAAG